AUGUUGUCAGUUAAUAAUCAGCGACGUCCUUCAGUUGAUACAAAUGUAACUCCAAACGUAGGAUUAAGACGACCUACAAAUGAACAAGAUUCACAUAACCACAGCAGUUCUACUUAUCACAACGGUCGACCAAUUUCACCAUCGGCGUCGCAAACGCUUACUGGUAAUGCAACUCCUGACGGUCCUUACUCUACACUUGAAGCCCGUUCACGUUCACCUUCAGUAUCUAGUGCACAUUCUUUAAUCGAUUAUUCGACUGCAAAUUCACACAAUAUUCAUCAGUUGGAACAAAAUUUACAGCGGUUGAAUUUAGUUAACAUAACAGAAAAUAUGGAACCUAGAAAUUAUAAUUCUCCUAGUCCAAUAGUCACUAAUGUUGAUUGUUCUACCUUAAGUAGUCCAACUAAUUCCAUUACUUCCAUUACCGCGGCUUCCUUAACUCGUAAAGACCACAUUACCGGACAUACUCAUGAUCGAAGUAGAUCUACUUCAAUAGAUGGAGAUAUUGAAUAUUCUACUUGGUCUAUGGACAAAGUGGAACAAUGGCUUGAUGCUAAUUCUUUUAGUGAUUAUAAAAAAAUCUUUGUCGAACAAGAAUUAUGUGGAGAGCGAUUCUUCAAACUUGGUAAUUAUACAAAUGCUAAGAAUCUACUUAAAGGUGAUAGUGAAAGUCGAUCGAAAUUAAUAACAGCUAUAAGGAAACUUGGAGAAGGCAAACAAAAACGACAUUCUUCUUCUGAAAAGGGUUCUCAAGAUGAUACCAUAUAUAAUAGUCCAAGUGCAUCAUCAUCAUCAUCUUUACUUGGACAAAAUUCACCAUCAACUCAAAAUAUAUCUACAUUACCAAUUUCCACUCCUCCAAAUAAUUCUAAUCAUCCUCUUUCACCACAAAAUAAAACAUUAAAAUCAUCUACCAGUUCUAUUGAUUUACGUAGUACUAAUUUAAAAAAUUCUACCAAUAAUACAAAUGUUCCAAUUAUUACUCCAAGAUCAUCUUCAAUCGGUUGGGAAAAGAAUCAUUCUUCUUCUAACUCAACUAUUUCUCAAAUUGAACAACCAAUUUCUUCUUCAAAUAUUGACAACGGACAUACUAAUGAUACUCGAAGACUUCAAACAAUUCCGCAAAAUGAAAAUUCAUUUUACGCUAAUCAACCCGUAAUGCCUCAACAGGAUCAAUAUCAUAAAUCUGACAAAAAGCGAACUAAUACUAAUAAAAGUAUUGCUCAUAAUAGGGCACGAAGUUAUUCUUCAGGGGAUAAUAUGAAAUACCCUCCUAUAAAUUUUCUUCAACAAAGAAAUGUGUCAAAUAUUUCAAAUACAAUUCCACAACGAAACAUACAAAUAACUGAAGAUAUGACAAAUUUUAUUGUGGUUAAUAUUACUAGUUGCCAAGAUCUUACCUCUAUUAUAAAUGUGAUAUUUUCUCGAUUAAAAAUUGAGCAAAGUGACAGAGAAGAUUACGCUUUUCAUGUGGCAGAGAUUGGACAAGAAAUUGGUCCUAUAAUAAGCAAUGAAGAUUUGUUACAAAAAUGUUUAAGUGCAGAUGCAAAGGCAUCUUUAAAACUUUUAGUCAAACGAAUACAACCACCAGAAUCUUAUUAUGCGAUUCCACAUCCCCAUAAAAAGCUUACCCAAUAUUCUUCACAAUCGGAAUUAGAUCAAAUAUCUUCUAAUAAUAAUAAUAUAACUGACGAUCGAAAAUUUCGUUUUCCUGGUGGAUUUAAUCCUUUGAUUAAAGGUUGGAAUGGAUUAUCACCAGAAAUUAUCCCAAUAUCGGAAGAACCUUCAGAUAUCAAUAAAUUUAGUGGUGUGAAAUUUCCAGUACCAUUUAUUGAUCAUCAAAGAAGCACUUCAAAUAUUAGAGCAAAUUCUGGUUCAUCUUCCCAAAACAUAUACGCACCUGCACCUGAUUAUAAUACUUCAAGUAGACCCGCUGCUUACGAACCUUAUUCAAAGAAUCAUCGUAAAUUAGCAUCUGAAGAUAAUGAUUUUAUAAAUAACCAAGAUUCCUCAUCCCCGAGUCAUGGUAUUGUUCAUGAUAUUGUUCAUGAUAAUUCACUUUCUCAACGAAUUAAUCAUUCCCAAGUUUUACAACCUGCCGGGCGUCGCAGUAAUAAUACUGGUCGCGAUAACAUGACUCAAAAUGUCUCAUCACAAAUACAAAAGACAAACAGCCAUCCGCAAUCAUAUAGUAAUUUACAAUCUCCUCACCAAAAUACUUUAACUACCACGAUUCCCACAAAUGUGCCUUAUGGUAAACUUAGUAAAUCUCAGCCUCACUUACCAUUGAAUCACGUAAAUGAUAAUCCUCGAGAAAUAUAUGAACCAGAGCAACGUUAUCAACUUAAGCAAUCCGGAUCAUCUGAACCAGAUCUUACACUUAGAAAGGUUGGAAAAUCACAACCUUUGAGAAGUUCUGCAUCUACCCCAGUUGCAAAAAGAUCAGACGAUGAUAUUUCAUUAUGGGCCGAAAAACCAAAACCCACACAAAAAACAAGUUCCAGUCACGUAAAUCAAGAAUCUCCAAUAGUUGCUUCUCCUUCUCUUCCUGACCGUAAUAGUCCUAUUGAUAAUUUAAAUAGAUCAAUAAAUACUACUGAGUCUAAAAAAUCAGAUUCUACAUUAAUUGUUCAAUCUGAUGAGUCAAAAAAAACAUUAUCAUCAAGUAACGGACAAUCAAAUGUAUUUAAAAGACCAGGUUCCGUAGAUUCGGCGAUUAGUCUAAGUCAGAAUAGUUCAUCUGAAAAUAUUAAUCAAACAGAUAAUAGAACUAAUAAUAAAGAUUUAGAUGCAACAUUAGUUUCAGAUGAACAACUGUCAAAUCAACCUAAACCCACCAAACCUUCUCAAAAACGUUCUACAGGUGGUUUAGCCCGUACCGUAUCAAAACGUAGAGGGGUGAAAGUUGAAGAAUCCUGGGUCGAAAGACCAACUGCUGAAGAUGUGUUCGAUAAUAUUGAGCAAUACUUUCCUGAUCACGAUAUUGAUAUGCCAAUUGUGGGAGCUCAAGGUAAUAUGAAUACGGUUUCCGAAAAUGAAGAUUCAACGCAAGCUACGCCCUCACCCAACGUAGCUGAGAAAACCGGUGCCGGAGCAAAAAUUGCACGUGGAAAAUCAAUUCGUGUUGCUGUUCAUGAAGCAAAAGAACGAGAAAGACGAGAACGUCGCGAACGUUCUAAAAUGAAAGAAGCUGUAAAUAAAGUAGUUAAACAACAAAGACAACUUCAUAGGAAACCGACUACUAAACUAUGGGACAAGAAAGUUGUUGAAGAAAGGCCAUCAAAUAAAAAAAUUCCGAGUCUUCCUAAUUCAAAAUCCUAUGAAGAGUCUGCAGAAAGAAAACCUGUUAAGUGGGUUAAAGGUGAACUUAUUGGUAAAGGAACUUUCGGUAAAGUUUUUCUCGCCAUGAAUUUGACCUCAUCUGAAAUGAUGGCUGUAAAACAGAUCGAAUUACCAAAAACCAAACAUGAUCAAAGAAACGAAAGACAAAAGACUCUGAUAAAAGCUUUUAAGGACGAAAUGGAAAUAUUGAAAGAUUUAGAUCACGAACAUAUUGUGACAUAUAUUGGUUAUGAAGAAAAUGAUGAUACUGUUAAUAUUUUUCUUGAAUAUGUUAACGGUGGUUCUAUUGGUACGGUAUUGAGAACUCAUGGAGCGUUUAAGGAAUCUGUCGUAAGAUCAUUUACUCGGCAAAUAUUAUUAGGUUUGCAAUAUUUGCAUGAUAAGAAUAUUUUACACAGGGAUAUUAAAUCAGAUAAUAUUCUUGUUGAUGAGGAAGGCUGCUGCAAAAUUUCUGAUUUUGGAAUAUCCAAGAAAAACGAACAAGGCAUCGCUUAUGAUUAUAAUUCUAAUAUGUCAUUGCAAGGGACAAUAUUUUGGAUGGCACCUGAAGUAUUUACUGCGGGAUAUAGCGCAAAAGUAGAUAUAUGGAGUCUAGGGUGUGUAGUACUUGAAAUGUUUGCUGGUGAACGGCCGUGGCCAAAUUUAUCAGAUCUUGCUGCCAUAUUUAAGCUUGGAAGUGAGAAAAAAUCCCCACCAAUAAGAGAAGACAUUGUUAUGUCAAAUGAUGCUCGUGACUUUUUAAAUAAAUGUUUUAUAAUAGAGCCGAAUGAUAGACCAACAGCGAAACAACUUUUAAGUCAUCCAUUUGCGGAAGAAAAUUCAAGUUUCUACUUUAAAGAAUUUAUAACAAUUCCUGGUCGAUCAAGUUAA